GUAAUUAGCCAUGCCUUGGAAAAUUUUCUCCCUGUUUUUCUAUAGUCAAAAUUCAGUCUCUGUUUUUUCAUUAUCUUAAUUUCAUCCUUUAUUAUAUAUAAGCAAACGGUUUUGAAGGCAACUUCAAGAGUUAAUUUUCUUUUUGGGUCUUAGAAAAUGAAGUGUUUUCCCAUCUUCAUCAAAGACAAGCCAAAGAACAAAAACAGAGGAAUAGGCUCUGUUUUUGAAGCGAAGAACCUAGCCAAAUCACAAGACUAUUCAGAUUCCAGUCAAACAUCGAAAUCAUUCCAAUCUUCAAAGAGCAUCCCAGAAUUGUACAAAGAGAAACAGCAAAAUUUAAGGGUUUUCUCGUUGGAAGAAUUGAGCGAUGCGACCAAUGGUUUCAAUAGGACGUUAAAGAUCGGUGAAGGUGGAUUUGGGAGUGUUUAUAAAGGCACGAUUAAACCACUCGGUGGUCGAGGACAUCCUUUAGUUGUGGCUAUCAAGAAACUCAACACGCACGGUUUACAGGGUCAUAAGGAAUGGCUAGCGGAGGUUCAAUUUCUGGGUGUCGUCAACCAUGCAAACCUGGUGAAACUUUUAGGGUACUGUUGUGCAGACGGUGAAAGAGGGAUCCAAAGGCUGCUGGUCUACGAAUUCAUGUCGAACCGUAGCUUAGAAGAUCAACUUUUCAAUAAAACAUCCACAUUGCUAUGGAAAACAAGGUUGGAGAUUAUGCUUGGAGCAGCUCAAGGACUGGCUUAUUUGCAUGAAGGAUUGGAAGUUAAGGUUAUAUAUCGAGAUUUCAAAUCUUCGAACGUGCUCUUGGACGAAAGUUUUAAACCGAAGCUAUCGGAUUUUGGACUUGCAAGGGAAGGACCGACCGGGGAUCGGACUCAUGUAUCUACAACUGUAAGUAGAUUUAUCAGCUAUUCAAGAACAGUAAGAACUUUGAUGUGUUUUGUUUUGAUUUAUGGCUGGUUUUUGUUCAAGGUGGUUGGAACGUAUGGAUAUGCUGCCCCAGAAUAUAUCGAUACAGGUCAUCUCACAAUCCAAAGUGAUAUAUGGACUUUCGGGGUCGUACUUUACGAGAUCAUCACAGGGAGACGAACGGUGGAACGUAACCGACCGACAUCCGAGCAAAAGCUUCUUGAAUGGGUGAAAAAUUUCCCUCCUGAUAGUAAACGGUUCAGCAUGAUCAUCGAUCCUCGACUUCGGAACGAUUAUUCUUUCAGUGCAGCUCAAAAGGUUGGACAGUUAGCCAAAAGCUGCCUAAACAAAAAUGCCAAGGAAAGACCAACAAUGAGUCAAGUUGCGGAAAGCUUGAAACAAGCAAUACAAGAAUCACAAGAGGGAAGCAAUGGAGUCAAAAAAUCUCAUGUUACAUCGUCGUCUAGAUCAAGUAGGCGAAGAUCGAAAUAAGGUUCGAUAUAAGCAUUAUGCUUAUAUAAACUCCACUGUUAAUGAAAUCUCCAUGUAUUUGUGGAGAUUCUAUCAUUUUGGCAUGAGUGUAUAACAUACGGAUGUUUACAUAUACAUUCUCUUUUCUGGUUUUCUAGCAUAUAUAUUAUACAUGAAAAUUAUAUAUACAAUUUUUCUAUGCAA